CCCAGUCUUAUUUUCAUAUUUAACCGUAUUCAAGUUCAGUGUGAGUGCAUAUGUAAAGCAUUUUUACUUAACGCAGUUGUGUAUGUCACUAAAGUGUAUGCACACACACACACACACGAAGACGGGCACGGAACAAAACCAGAGAAAAUGGACACGCUAAAAGGUGCUCAUCCAAGGGCAGCAAAAGUAGCACUGAAGAAAAUGUGUGUGUGGUUCUUCAUCAUUGGACUUCCCAGUCUGAUUGUUUAUUUGCUCCUUCAAUUGAAAAAUGAACAGAAUAAAAUUCCCUUGCCGGAUAAAGGAAAGGAAAAGCCUCUACCUUUAAUGCCAUGUGGCAUAAAAGUGCAAAAAAAUCCAAUCAUUAAAGUCAGCAAUCUGAAGACGUACAUGGUCGGCUCCUACAUAGAGCACCGCCAAAAGGAGAAAAUGAUACGGACAAUCGCUAUAGUGCUUCGUAGUGAAAACCCAGAGUAUCACUGCUUGCUGUGCUGCAACGGACAGAAAAUAUCUGUAACUGCUACAUAUGACAUUCACUCUGACCACUUUGGCUUUGAAUACGGCACGGCUGACAUUACCUGCAAUAUACCAGAUAUGUGUACAAAACCAACACAUGUGGCAAUCACUUCCCGAUCACCUGAAGAGGAUGAAUCCUCGCAGGACAUUCACGUCUUUCAACCUGUUAGGAAUCAACAGAAACAGGAAGUCUUUCCUUAUAAGUUCACUGUUUGCAUUUCUGCCAUGUUUGAUUAUAGGAAUGUGUUGAUGCUUGUGCAGGCCAUGGAGAUGUAUAGGAUGCUCGGUGUCCAGAAGGUAGCGAUUUACAAAACCAACUGCAAUAAAGAUAUACAGAAGGUUCUGGAUUACUACGUCAGGCAACAAUUUGUGGAGAUCAUACCCUGGACAAUAGCAUCUUACAUCAAUGUGUCCAGAGGCUGGCAGAAGUCCGAAACACCAGGAGAGCUGCAUUACUUUGGUCAAAUUGCAGCACUUAAUGACUGUGUGUAUCGUUACAUGUACCAGAGUCACUAUGUAGCUCUGCAAGAUUUGGAUGAAUUCAUACUUCCUCUUAAGUUUAAAAGCUGGACAGAACUCCUACCUGAAUUAGAGAAGAAAUACAGUAAUCAUGGUGGCUUUGAGUUUGAGAAUAAUUUUUUCCCCCUUUCCAUCAAUGAUUCAAACUCUAAAUACUCACCAGACUACUGGAAGAAGUUUGCAGGAGACAACAUUUUAGAACAUAUUAUUAGAAUAGGAAAUGAUCCAAAAGAAUUCAAUAGCUUCAAAGUCAUUGUUGAUCCUCGUUUAGUUUAUAAGGCUACAGUACAUGGAUUUUUGGAUAUCAUAAAGAGUACUGUCAGAGUGGAUUCUCAGAUUGCUCGCAUGUAUCACAUUCGACAUGUUCCAAAGGAAAGGCUGGCAGCACAAUCCCAAAUACAGGACACACAUCUCAGAGACUACGCAGACAGUCUUAUCUUAGCUGUUUCAAAAGUCCUUCAACAAGCACUGGAAACAGAGCAUAUUUCAGACUUAUAAAUACAGUCAAACCCACUUAUCUCGACCUCGGUUAACUCGACAACCCUAUUAAGUCGACGUUUUUGAAGUGGAACCGCCAAAUUCUCUCUUUGUUUUAGCAUUUUUUAAUCGGUUAUAUCGAUUAUUUUAUGUCGCCGAACCCUAAUAUCUCGAGCACAAGGGGGGGUAUUACACAGUAUUGUAAACUUCUAAAUCUCUGCUGUUAGUUGGUGCACAUGUGCCUUUUGUUGUUAGCAAACAUGUAUGUACAUUUUUAUAUCAUAUUUAUAUAUAUAUAUCGCGGUGAUGCAAAAACACGUGCAUGUACAUUCUUAUUUAUUAACGCACAUCAUGUACAUAAAGAAAUUUCACGUUAAUAUACUCGCACAUUAAUAUAUUUCCGCCAUAUUGGUUUGCGUUUAUUCCAAUCAUCGGUUAUCUCGACGCUUUUUGGCAAACCCCUAGGCCGGCGAUAUAACUGGGUUCAACUGUACUGUAAACAUUCCAUGAUAAAUGAUCAUUUUGGUUGUUUACUCAUUUCUCAUUUCUACAUCGCUUUUGUUCUACAUCUGCUAAGUAAGAAGCUUCUUUUAUUUUCCUAGUCUCUUUUGAGACACAUGAAUGUUCUUAUGUUUGUGAUACAGUUCUGUGGCCAGAUGAAUCCAAAUUUGGCUCUAACAGAAGAAUAAAUGUAAGAUAAAAAACAGGAGAGAAGAUUUUAGCAGACUGCCUCACUGCCCCAGUCUAACAUGGAGGUGGAAGGUAAAUGGAUUGGAGACUUAUUCUGGGUGAAAGAAAUGCUGAACCAACAUGUCUACCAUUCCAUAUUUCUAUCUGGACUGCAGCUAAUUGGAACCAUCAGGACUAUGACCAAAAGCAUACAUCUAUCAUGCAAUGGCCUGCUCAGUCAAUGCACCAAAAUCCUAUUGAAUUGAUCUGGGAUGAACAUCAAAUGCUAUGUGAAUAGACCUGUAAAUAAUGUUAAAGUAAAUUUUGCUAUUUUUGUAUCUCGGAAGUAUAAAGUAAAGAUAAAUAAUGAAUGAUGUGAUCUGCAUUAACAUUAAAAUCAGGUUGACAAAACAGCGCUCUUAUUUUUGAUAAGUUCUGUAAUGGGUUCUGCUUUUAAUAUACUCUAAAAUACAAUAAAUGAUUAAAUCCGUCUA